AUGUGGCAAGUGCCAAACAAGCCUCCCCACACCUGGCUUGAGUGCCUGGUGUCACCAUUUGGGGACAUAAAACCCCAAGGUGGAAAAGCCUCCUUGCUCCCUUGCUGUGUACCACAGAGAACAAGCUGCCGCUGCGGGGAAGGAAGCACAGAGAGAGCCGGGAGCGGCACAGCACACAGCACAGCACCUCCCCUGCCUGGGCAGGGGACAUAGCGGCUCAGCAUGGCUCCAGGUGCCUCAAAGAAGUCGUGGGGCAGCGUGGAGGUGGCCCUGGUUGACCUCUGUGCCAUCCUGCUCUGCUGUGGGCCCAUGCUGACCUGCUGCCGCCACGUGACCAUCUUCCCAGCAGUGUUAACACUCCCUGAAGGUGACAAAGCCACUUUCUUCUGCAAUAUCUCCAUGGAGAAUGACUCUGGUUCAGAGUACAGCCUCAACUGGUACAAGGAGACCAACCACAGCCAAGCCCAAAAAACUGCUGAGAUCCGAAACAAGCCCAUGACAGAGACAGAAAAGUACCGGCUCAUCAACCACACUUCUGUCUUUGAGAUUGAGAUCCUGAACCUGCACCAGAAUGACUCAGGCUCCUACUACUGUGGAUUGAUCACCUUCUAUGAUCCCGAUAAAGUGAUGGAGAGCAAUCGGUCCCAGCUGAUAGUCACAGCAGCCCCCCAGGUGAAUGCUACUGAUGAGCCGGAGAUGGAGGAAGGCAACCCUUCAGAGCACAUCAAGGCCAUGCUCCUGGGCAUCCUCCUGCUGGCUGGAGUGGUUGUGCUGCUGAUCUUUGGCUACCUCACCUUCACAUACAGGAAAGGAGAUGUGCAGAAACCACCGAGUGAAAACAUGCCAGUGAAGGAAGAGAAGCCCCCUGUGGUGUUCAUAUCCACUGUGGACUAUGGUGUGCUGGAGUUUCAGAGGGACCAGCGCAGCCCAGUGCCCCCCAAGACUCAGCCGGUUGAGCAGACUGAAUACGCCACCAUCAUCUUCCCUGAGGAGAAACCUGUCACACCAGAGCGUGGCAAGAAACACCUGGAUGAGAGGACUCGACAGCUGCCAUCACAGCCCUGCUGA